AUGGAUCAGGCAGCCCCCAGCCCCCAGCCGACUGUCAACGCUGAGGAGAACAUCAUGGCUGAUGGUACUGUCGAGUAUGUUUACAAAAAUGCCUUCGGCGAUGAGCUCGACCGAAUGCCUAAUGGCUACUAUCGGAGUCCUCAGUUCAUUGGUACUCUUACUUCAUUGUCUAGCAAGUACUUGCGUAUACCUAGGGUGGGUGCUCCCCUCAAAUACUCUAUCUGGUUUGCCAACCAAACCCAACCUUCACUCUUUGAGGCUAUCAACAAAGGAAAUUGCUCAGAUGUACCUGGUAUCAGCAAGGCCAUCCUUGACUCAUUCGAAGUUGCCGUUGCCAAGCCUACACAAGCUCACUACAUUAUGUCUUCUACGCCACUAUCCCGUUUUCCUUUCUUGACGUACAAUGUUGCGAAACGUCUCCAGGAUAAGAGCUUCCGUAAAUCCUCGACCGAAACUAACGAGGUCGCGGUUCAGGCCAUGAAUGAAUGCCAUCCAGAUGAGGCCAAAGUGGCUUCGCACGCAUAG